AUGAGCAGGUUGCUGGGCCGGAUGAGCGGCGGGGGUGGGAGCACUGGCAAUGGGGGACAGCCCCGUGCGAGCUUGGCAGAAGACGAACUGGUACAACAGCUGCGGAACGACUUGCAGCGCCUGCGCCUUUCCGAUGGAGGUGACAGUGAGGCCAGCAGUCUGCACUUGGACCACAAUGCGGCUCCCCGUCGGUUCGCGUGGGACCCUCCGCGGGCGUCCGCCUCCGUGCCAAGCGCGCUGGCGUCGAGUGUGCCGGUGCAACUGCAGCAUUCCGCCAGCUCCGUGUCGGAUUUUCGCAGAUCGCAGCAGCGCAGCGCGCCACCCGUAGGUGUACCUCCCGGCGGCGGAGUCUUGCAGCACUAUCCGCAGUCCAUGGCAGGCGAGAUGAUCGGGUAUAAUCAUGCCAACGGCGGUGGUGGUGGCCCGUCGUCAGGGUCCUACAGCAAUCACCAGGUAGUUGUGGACAACUACAACCAAGCCCCAAGUUCCGCAAGCAGCAGUUCUUCGCGACAGGAACGAACGAGGCGAAAUGUGGCACUGCAGGUGGACCGGGAGUUAGAUGGUUUUGCGAACGAGAUCGACCGGAAGUUUUACCAGGACCCAAGAAAACGCGGCCGGGCCGCGGAGCAAAUCGCGGGCUUUCUGACCGGCCCGUGGUCGCAGAACCAAAUCCACUACCAGCCAAAUCCAGGCGGGGUGAACAACAAUAGCGAGGGCGGUAUUUCCUACGGCACGCUGGACGACGAGUCGCUGCCGCGGAAGCUGGCGCUGGGUGGGAAAAAUUCUCUGACGAACAUGGGCAACACGUGCUUCAUGAACACCGGCCUGCAGUGCAUGGCGCAUUUGGACCCCGUGGUCGCCUUUUUCCUCAGUUCCAAGUUCAAGUACGAGCUGAACUUCGAAGCCAAGCACGGGAGCAAAGACGCCACGAUAACCAUCGGGUUUGCGGAGAUCUUGCUCCGGCUCUGGUCGUCGCCCAGCUACCUGAACGAGAAGCAAGAGAAGAAGCUGGCGAAAAGUGGCGCGAAUGGAGGACAGGGCGCGAACGACGAAGAGAGCCGUUUUGGGCUGAAAACGACCAUCAUGAACACGGCGAAAAGAAUACACCAGACCAUGAGCGUCAACGCAAAGCGGGCGAAUUCAGAAAUGACAAUUUUUGUCCGCCCGAACGUCCAGAGCUACGUGGAAUACAAGCCGCAACGGUAUAUCGAUUUGAAUCAAAAAAUUAUGUAUUUUUCAUCGAGUUGCUGUGGCUGUGGCUCUCAUGCAUGGUCUGUAGUGAUGUCUUAGGGUUGGGCCAGCUGCGGAACAACCGGUUGGUUUCUUGCACUCAACAGAAGGCAAAGAUUUUUUUACACGCAUGCACAAUUUUGAAGGUAUCUGAAGAAGCUCGCUGCCCACAACAAGGAUCUUUUCCGGGAGAACAUCGAGCAGCAAGAGGAGCAGGACGUCCAGGAGUUCAUUUCGUGGCUGCUAGAUAUGCUGCAAGAAGACACGAACCUGGUGGACAACGCAACAAGCGCGUUGAACAAAAAGCGGUCGAGCAACGUAGCGCCGGUUAGCCGUGAUUUUCGGGCGGAGGACCUCCUUGCGAUCGAGCGGGAAUUUGGCUCCGAAUCCGCUGCGGCGCUCUGCUGGGCAAGGAGUCUUUCUAUGUACCGUGGGUUCAUCGUGGAUUGCUUCCAGGUACUACAGAGUGUCCAGUGUUUACUCGCUCUCGUUAACGUUAAUCCAAUAGAUCAUACUCAGUGUUUGCAAAAUUAGAUCAACAUACUCAGUGUUUGCAAAAUUAUUCAAAUAGCCUCGGAACUACAUAGUCGUAACAAGCAAUCGCAUUCGGGGUGAGAAAAAUGAUGUCACUAACGACAUACAUCACAUAUCAGGGCCAGUGGCGCAGUACCGUGACGUGCAACCGGUGCAAGAAUUUCAGUCGAUCCUACGAGCGGUUUCUGAUGACCUCCUUGCCGCUUUCCCGGUCCGGCGCGACCGAUUCCGUGACGCUGAUGGAAGCGCUCCGCGCGUUCAGCCAGGAGGAACAGCUCGGGGAAAACGAAAAGUGGUACUGCCCGACCUGCAAGCGCAAGGAGCAAGCGACCAAGAAGAUCGAGUUCUGGAAGCUGCCCUACGUCUUGAUUCUGCAUCUGAAACGCUUCGAGUUCGACCAGUAUCGCAAUCGGUGGAACAAGAACUGCGCGCGCAUGAAAUCGCCACUCUCCCUGGAUUUGGCGGAAUUUGAAGCGCCGGGGAACGGGAAACCCAACCCGACGCCGCUCCACUACGAUGUCAUCUGCAGCGCCAACCACGUGGGAAACGACUUGGAGACCGGACACUACACGGCAACGUGCAGGCAUCCGAUAAACAAAACCUUCUACUACUUCGACGACGACGAUGUAACGAAGGAUCGAGAGGAAAACGUCGUGUCGGAAAGCAGCUACGUGCUGUUUCUGGUAAACAUGAGUACUUAAUGAUAAUAUGUUGUAAUGUUUCUGCGGUACUCUAUUGUCUACAUGGAUUCUCAUCUCAAAAAGUUGUGUGAUUGUGCUUCUUUUCCUCUCAAAAUCAGAUGCGUCGCGCCCCGAACGGCGGCACGUUACCCCGACAAGACCUAGCGCACCCGGAAAAUUGGCCGCACAAGCUGCAUCCAGAGUUUCUGCGCGUUUUUCCGUCGGUCUUCGAUCGUCUGUGCGCCAACGCGGAAACGCAAGCGCAGAAAGACGCGCAAAGCAGAAGGUGAUGACAAGGAAGGGCUGUUUCCAGCUGCCGGGGCGUCCGGAAAACUUUGCCGUGGCGAGCAGAAGCGUACGUCUGUGGAAAGUACUCCCGUGGUGUCGAAGUGGAAGGAAAUUCCUCAAUUAUGCGGUCGAGCUGCUGAGUAGGUGGCGUAAGGAGUGUUUCCGGUCGCGGGAGAGAACGGCGGUCCCAGUCUUUCCGCAGGACGUACACUGUCAUUAGUUGUGUGCAAAAAGAAGACCACUUGACCCUGAUCAACACCGACCGGAGGACGCCGCCGCCCGAGCCUGUAGUCUAUAAUGGGCACGAAUUUCCACCACGUGCGCGCUGCGAACAAGCUGCACUGUGUCUGUGAACAGAAGGGCGAUCUUGAGAACGAGCGCGUUCUUUCUCUUCCCCUGUGGCGCGCAGUACAGCACUCGGAUUUGUAGCUUCAAUCCGGCCGUAGCGUUGUACGUUGAUAGCGGGAGUAAAAUGCCGGUCUUGCAGAAGUCCGUAGCACCGGAGAAUGUCCGUGCUUCGUGAUGGCACGCGAACGAAUUUUUCAAAAAACUUGUGCAGGGCAGUUGGAUCUGCUGCAGGGACGACCAGCACGAAUAGGCACUACACGGAUUUGCUCCAUCUUUGCAACGUUAUCAGCAUGAUAUGAUCUUAAUCCAUAUGCCCCUCACCUCGUACUCACGCCGCGAGUGCAGGGGUGAGGGAUGAUGAGACAUUUGAAACGCAUGAUUAAUAUGAUACGGG